ACGAAGGAAGUUUGUCCCUUCCGGUGAUCCGUUCUGGCGUUUGCCUGCAGCAAGAUGGCGGCGGUCACAAUGUCAGUGGCGCUGAGGCAAAUGUUGUGGGGGAAAAGGGCAGUGGCUGUAGCGGCCAUUUCCGCUUCCAGGGUUCCUACCAGGUCAUUAAGCACUUCCACAUGGAGGCUGGCACAGGACCCAGCUCGAGACGCACAGCUCAUAACAGUUGAUGAAAAAUUGGAUAUCACUACUUUAACUGGCGUUCCAGUAGAGCAUAUCAAAACUAGAAAAGUCAGGAUCUUUGUUCCUGCUCGCAAUAACAUGCAGUCUGGAGUAAACAACACAAAGAAAUGGAAGAUGGAGUUUGAUACCAGGGAGCGAUGGGAAAAUCCUUUGAUGGGUUGGGCAUCAACGGCUGAUCCCUUGUCCAACAUGGUUCUGACCUUCAGUACUAAAGAAGAUGCAGCUGCCUUUGCAGAAAAAAAUGGGUGGAGCUAUGACAUUGAAGAGAAGAAGGUUCCAAAACCCAAGUCCAAGUCUUACGGUGCAAAUUUUUCUUGGAACAAAAGAACAAGAGUAUCCACAAAAUAGGUUGGCACUGACUAUAUUUCUGUGCUUGACUGUGAAUAAAGUCAGCUGUGCAGUAUUUAUAGUCCAUGUAUAAUACAUUUCUUAAUCUCCUAAUAAAUUCGACCUUUAAUCACA